AUGGAAAACAGCAGAAAGCUGCAUAUAGUAAUGUUUCCAUGGCUAGCCAUGGGACAUCUAAUACCAUUUCUAAAAUUCUCCAACAUUUUAGCUCAAAAAGGUCAUAAAAUUUCUUUCAUUUCAACCCCGAAAAACCUACAAAAACUUUCAAAAGUACCCUCUUCUUCAGUUUCUUUAAUAUCGUUUGCCUUACCUUCCAUACCAGGACUGCCACCUUUUGCAGAGACUACUACAGAUGUACCCUAUACUAAGCAACAGCUACUAAAGAAGGCUUUUGAUUUGCUUGAAUCGCCAUUAACCACUUUCCUAGAAUCCGUAAAACCGGACUGGGUUAUUUACGAUUAUGCUUCUCAUUGGCUACCAUCCAUAGCUUCCAAGAUUGGUAUCUCAUCGGCUUUCUUUAGUUUAUUCACUGCUGCAACAUUAUCCUUCACUGGCCCACCUCCGUCAUUGAUGAUGAACGGCGAUUCCCGUUUGGCAGCGGAGGACUUUGCCAGCGUGCCGAAGUGGGUUCCGUUUGAGACUAAUGUUAAGUUUCAUAUCCAUGAGGUGACAAAGUAUGUAGAGAAAACAGAAGCGGAUGAAACCGGACCAAAUGAUGGAGUUAGGUUCGGUUUUUCUGCGGGAAAAGCUGAUGUCAUUAUCAUUAGAAGCUCGCCCGAGUUUGAAUCGGAGUGGUUUGAUCUGUACGGCAAGAUGAGUGAAAAACGGAUCAUUCCGGUCGGGUUCCUGCCACCCAGGGAAGUAGAAGAGGAGGAUAGUGAUGAGGAGGAAUGGGAUAAUAUUAGAUUAUGGUUAGAUAAGAAGGAAGCUAAGUCAGUUGUAUAUGUUGCUUUAGGAACUGAGGCUGCUUUGACUCAAGAAGAAGUCAACGAGUUGGCUCUCGGCUUGGAAAAGUCAAGGUCUCCUUUCUUCUGGGUGCUCAAGAACCCACCUGGGUCGACUCGGAAUGCAAUGGAAAUGCUGCCAGAUGGGUUCGAGCAGCGAGUUAAGGAUCACGGAGUCAUAUACAAUGGAUGGGUGCCCCAGGUGAAGAUACUACGUCAUGAGGCUGUUGGGGUGUUCUUGACUCACUGCGGCUGGAACUCCAUCAUUGAAGGACUCUCAUUUAAUAGGAUUUUGAUUCUGUUUCCAGUUUUAAAUGAUCAGGGAUUAAAUGCAAGGUUAUUAGAGGAGAAAAAACUUGGGUUAGAGAUACCGCGAAAUGAGUUAGAUGGGACAUUUACGUCCGACUCGGUGGCGGAGCUGGUGAGGAAGGCAAAAGCAGAUGGCUUGGAAGACUUGGCAAAGGAGAUGAGAGACCUGUUUAGGGAUAGAGAUGAGAACAACCAAAUUGUUGAACAAGUUGUCCAUUACCUGGAAGAAAACAGGAUCUCGUAGUAAGAGCAUCGAACCAGGAAUUAUUUAUCAGAAAUAUGAUUAAAACAGUAACAAUCAUUCUGAUACUAUCAUACUAGUUCAAAAUGGAAUCAGAUAUUACACGAGAAAUUAAUGAGUAUUAAUAUAAAUAUAUGUUUGCUUCUCACCAGAUUUUACUAAAAAGCAAAAUGGGAAUUAGAGCAACUCUAAACAAAUACUCCUUGAUUCGAAUAAUGGACAGCAAAACCAAAAAUCAUAUAUUGAAUCCAAAAACAGCAAAUUAAUUUGAUUGUGCCUUAAAUAGCUGGCCCAAAAAGAAGUCUAUGUUGUGAAGAAUGUUAAGUUCCAUUUUUCUUUUGAGAAUAAUCACAAUAUCAUUAAAUCAAAUCCGAAGCAAUUACAUCUGUAAGAAAUUCAAGAAAGUUGGCCUUUGUAGAUUGUUUUGUGUAACUACUCUCCGAAACCCUUCACAAAUUGUUAUCCAAGGUACAAGCAACAGUUUGACAUCAAUUAUGAAAGCAUUUGCCUAUGUACACAACUCUUUCAGAGAUCAGGAGUUUCUAUGCAUUAAUAAAGGGAAAAAACAAAAAGAUCAAAGUUGCUGAAACACAUUUCUAUUCUAAUCUUGUAAGAAUAUAAUGUACAUGCAUGUGCAAACACUAUUUCACUCUCACCUCCUCAUUAUAGAGAGGAGGGGAAACAAACUAAAUUUGGCAGAGCAGUCAAUAUCGGUUUCUCUUCUGCUUUUAUAGAGAAGGAAGAACCUGUAUGGUGAGGUUGCUCCAUAUUGCAAUAUGAAGCUGAAGCUUUAAUCGGUUUCCUGUCUGUGAAUGAAGAUCCCACAGUGUAGCCCUGGAAAUUACAUUCUUCAUGACAAAAAGAUAGGAUACAGAUAGAACCCAGAAGGAAACGAAGAAUCUUAGCUGACUAUUC